UCAUAGUAAGUGAUUGUGAGAUAACAUAAUAUCUAACCGUAAAAUCAUUUCGAUCAGCCCUCGUAAUAUCUUUAAAUUAUAAGCACGAUAAGACCUAUAAGUGAAAUUUAUUCUUUGUAAUCUAUUUGAAAAUAUUUAUUUGAUUGUUUAGAGUGGGUGUCUUUAAAUAACAAAGCUAUUUUAUAAUCAACUGGAGAAGUAUUAUUGCAAUGUAUAAACUACUAUUGAUUUACACAACCUUUGCAAUAUUCUGUGGUGUUGUUAUUGCACAAACAGUACAACAAAGAUGUUAUCGUUUCACAUGGUUAGGGCCAGAUUAUAACAAUGGGAGUAUAUUUCUGAAUGCAACCUGUCAGGACGCAACUCGUCUCGCUGAUGGAGUGCCAUGUCAAAUGCCUCUUGUUGCUUCUUACGAUGGCUCUUGGCCUGAUGUUGAUUAUAUAUGGAAUCAUCACAAAGAGUCUGCUACCUGCGUAUUGUCUGGAAACGAUGUCUGUGCACAAUUCACAUAUUUCUUUAACGGAAAAGUCGAAAAUUCAACAUACAUGUGUACAAGAGCCAUCAAUGCUAACUUCACGGCUAUCACAAGUGGAUGUUACGAAGAACAAAGGGGCAGUUACAGCUCUCGUGUAUGUUUUUGUCGCAGUGUACCAGGAGGAGUUCCCUGCAAUUCAGCCGUUAAAUUAACAACUUUACCUGUUUUAUCAUUUUUCAUUAUAAUGAUGUUGUUUAUUUGGCCAUAUUAAUUUCAAAUUGACAUAAUAUAUAAUAAUA